AAUAUGAGUAUCAGGAAGUAGAAAGUUCUUGAGAUUUCUUGUGUUGCCAAAAUAACCACUAAACGUUCAAAGUUUAACUCGGUUAAAGACCGGACCGUGUUUAAAGAAACACCAAGUGCUACAGCUGCCUACGAAGUUUAAGGGCCAGCGGAGGAGAGGCCAUGAAUCGAGUCCCACUGCAGCAGCAGAGUUGUGGGUCCUGGGAGCUGAAGGAGCGACUGGGCACCGGAGGCUUUGGGAACGUCACGCGAUGGCAAAACAAGGACACAGAGGAACAGAUCGCCAUAAAGCAGUGCCGUCAGGAGCUGAGCGAGAGAAACAAAGAGAGAUGGAUUCUGGAGAUCCAGAUCAUGAAGAGGUUGGAUCACGUUAACGUGGUUGCAGCCAGAGAGGUUCCCGAGGGAAUGCACGAAAUGAUAACCAUCAAUGACCUGCCGCUGCUGGCCAUGGAGUACUGUCAGGGAGGAGAUCUGAGGAAGUAUCUGAACCUCUUGGAGAACUGCUGUGGAAUGAGGGAGGGCUCCGUUUUGAUCCUGUUACGGGACAUUUCGUCGGCUCUGACCUACCUCCAUAAGAAGAGGAUCAUCCACAGAGAUUUGAAACCAGAAAACAUUGUGCUGCAGCAGGGAGAGAAGAGACUGAUCCACAAGAUUAUAGAUCUCGGCUAUGCCAAAGAGCUGGACCAGAGCAGCCUUUGCACCUCAUUUGUGGGAACACUUCAGUACUUGGCUCCAGAGCUCAUUGAGAGAAAGAAGUACACGGUCACUGUGGACUACUGGAGCUUCGGGACUCUGGUGUUUGAGUGCAUCACAGGAUUUCGCCCUUUCUUACCAACCUGGCAACCCGUUCCUUGGCACAACAAACUGAAGAUGAAGCAGAAGGAUGAUAUCGUCGUCUAUGAGGACCUCUUGGGGGAAGUCCGCUUCUCUAAACAUCUGCCUCAGCCCAACGACCUCAACUGUUUGCUAUUAGAGAGGCUGGAGAGGUGGCUGCGGCUGAUGUUGAAGUGGUCUCCUCAGGAGAGAGGCAAAGACCCCGACGCUACGCCCAUGGACUGCUUCUCCCAGCUGGAGGUCAUUCUGCAGCUCAAGCUGGUUCAUGUCCUGAACAUGAUCUCCGCUAAAAUCCUGACGUACUCCGUCUCGGACGAAGAGACCGUGUCAGACCUGCAGCUGAGGAUAGAGAAAGACUCCAACAUCCCUGCGGCCAAUCAGGAGCUGCUGCUGGAGGCGGGGUUAGCCCUGGAGCCUCACGGACUGGCCACGCAGUGCGCCGUUGAUUACACGGAGAUAGAUGGGCGACGGACAGACUUUCCGCUGGUCUUCCUGUUCGAUCGUUCCUGUUGCAGCUAUGAACCUCAGUUUGCUCCGCGCACCCUUCCAGAAAACAUACGCUUCAUCCAAUCCAGCCAUAAACAUGUUCUGGCCUACAGCCCUCUGAGGAGGACCUGUGGCCAGGCGUGGCACACCAUCCGCUCCCUGAAGGAGGACUGGCAAAGACUGCAGCAGGGGCAGAAAGCCGCCAUCAUGAGCCUCCUGAGGUACAACUCCUCGCUGUCCAAACAGAAGAAUGAGAUGGUGUCCAUGCACCAGAGACUCAUGGCCAAGCUGGACUUCUUCACCACCAGCCUUCACAUCGACAUGGACAAAUACCAGGAGCAGACAGCCACCGGGAUCGCGUCAGAGAAACUCAUGGGCGUGUGGAGGGAGAUGGAGCAGACUGCUGUCAGCUGUGGUCAGGCCAAGGUGAGCGAGCUGGAGGAUGAGAUGAUGCAGCUGCAGCCGGACAUAGUAGAUGUGCAGCGGCAGCCGUGGAGGAGUGGAGAGACUCUGGACACGCUUGAAGGAAAAGCCAUGGAGCUGUUCCGCAAACUCAGAGAGAAACCCAGAGACCAGAGGCUCCCAGGGGACAGUCAGGAGGUGGUGCGCCUGGUGCUUCAGGCCGUGCAGUUCUACGAGAGGAAGCUCCGAGACUUCUACACACACCUCAGUAAGACCGCAGUUUGCCGUCAGCGCGUGAUGGAGCUGCUGCCGAAGGUGGAGGGCGUGGUCCAGAGCAUGGCUGAGAGCGAACAGGUCCUGAUGAGUCUGCAGGAGAAACGACAGAGGGAGCUUUGGAACCUGCUCAAAGUGGCCUGUAGUAAAGUUCGCAGCCCGGUGAGUGGGAGCCCGGAUGGAUUACCAACCCCCUCUUCAGUACCGCCUCUGCUGACCCCCAGACACAGCUUGCAGCAGUUUGACGAGUCUCUUGUGGAGGAGAGCAGGACGUUUGAGGGGCGACUCCAGAGUCUGCUGCACGACACCAUCCAGGAUUCCCAGAGCAGUAUGGAGGUGUUGAGGGAGUGGACGUGGCUGCAUGGCGGUCAGAACUUCUCCAGCGACCUCUCCUGAGUUUGGGGUUCAUUCUUUGCGUACAUGUGGUACUCUACUGCCCCUGUGUGGAUGGGAUGCCAAACUACCGGAGCAAGUGGUAGUAGCUGUUUUGGAAAAAAUGUGAAUGGAGUAAUAGCUGCUGGCAUAUAUUUGCUUAAUGAGAUUAAGGAGUGGGUAAGCCUACUCAGGACUCCCGUCUGAACUUGUAAAAGAGGAAAAUGAACAAGCUGUUAGCGCAGUGAAGCAGAUUUAUCUUUGAUUAGCAUCAGGGGGAUUUAUUAAAACUGGAUCUUAUAUUUUUACCCAUUUGUCAUUUUAACAAAACAUGAAAUAUGUUUUGGGGUAAAGUUGCACUUCAUAAUGCACAGAUCAGCCACUUCAUUGGCAUCACGGAUGGAACCAGAUGACUCAAACCAUUUAGAAAAAUCCCAACCACAUCUCACCGACAUACAUUCCUGCAGUGUUACUGUACGCUCCUCAAAACAGCUGGAGCACACAGAGAGCUACUUUAAUCCUCAAAUCAUGAAUGUACAUUUACUUCUUUUUUUGUGUGUUAUGUGCCUAAAUGUAAAUAUGUAUCCAGUUUCUCACUGGACCUAUAUUUUAAUUGCAAAUGUUAUUUUAGUAAGACAAUCGUUGAACGGAAUGGGUGAUGUUUGUAACUGUAAAAUGACUAUCAUAAGUCUAUGCUGGAUGACUGUCUGAAUGUGAUCUUUUUUUCAUUUCUUUUCUUUCUUUACAUCUAAUAAUUAUAUAGCGGGUGGACACAGUAACAGCAACACCUGUACAAUAUUGUGCAGUCCUAGUAUCCCUGCAAUAAUUUGAAGUGCUCAUGUUGAACUAAUUUAAAUUAAAAAAAGAUGAGUUAUGGUCUAAACUAUGGGUUUAAAAUAUUUCUUUUGUUUUGCUGAAAUGAUGCAAAUGCAAAAGUAGAGUUAAAUUUAUGGAUUGUGGCAAAACUGUAAAAACUGCUAUAAAACUAACUAAAUUAACAUUUUAAUUGGCUUUACCCCCAUUACAUUUAAAUCAGUGUAUUAUAGAUAUAAUUCCAACCACUGGUAGUCUGUGUGUAGAUCCUACAAAGUGAUGAGAGAUGUUACAUAAUGUCAAGUAUCUGUGAACACACUGUAUGCUGAAGUGUGAAAAGUGAUUUGUUUUAUCUUGAAUACAGUAUUUGACUUUAUUGCAA